CUCCAGCCCUCCACUUCCACCAUUAGAGGGAGACCUCAGAGCGCAGGACAGACAGCAGCUCACAGCUUCCAUAAAACUUGAUUUUUUUUUUCUUUCUUUCUUUCUUUUUUUUCUUUUCUUAGCGGGGAGCACAAAACCACUGAGUGAAAAACAAGGCGAUACGCAAUAUCCACCUGAACAACCCAUGAAAAUGCUCUGGAAAUUAACUGAUAACAUUAAGUACGAAGAAUGCGAGGAUCGUCACGACGGCACCAGCAAUGGGACAGCCAGGUUACCUCAGCUGGGCGGCGUGGGCCAGAGUCCUUACACGAGCGCGCCCCCGCUCUCGCACACACCCAACUCGGACUUCCAGCCCCCGUACUUCCCCCCUCCGUACCAGCCCAUCUACCCGCAGUCUCAGGACCCUUAUUCGCACGUCAACGAUCCGUACUCCCUCAACUCCCUGCACGCCCAGCCGCAGCCGCAGCACCCGGGCUGGCCGGGCCAGAGGCAGAGCCAGGAGAGCGGCCUGCUGCACCAGCACCGCAGCCUCCCGCACCAGCUGUGCCGAGAGUACCGCAGGGAGGUGCUGCUACCGUCCGGACACGGCAUCGACACAGGACUGUCGGACUCUAUCCCUAUCCAUGGAAUACCUCACUCUUUAGAAGACGUUCAGCCUGUUGAGGAUCAAGGAAUCCACAUCCCUGACCAGACUGUAAUUAAAAAAGGUCCAGUGUCUUUAUCCAAGAACAACAACGUCUCUGCCAUCCCCGUCAAUAAGGACGGGCUUUUCGGAGGAGUGGUAAACCCGAACGAGGUGUUCUGCUCGGUUCCGGGUCGCUUGUCGCUGCUCAGCUCCACAUCAAAGUACAAGGUCACGGUGGCGGAGGUGCAGAGACGCCUCUCACCACCAGAGUGCCUGAAUGCCUCUCUGCUGGGCGGAGUGCUCAGGAGGGCCAAAUCUAAGAACGGUGGUCGAUCCUUGCGGGAGAAACUGGAUAAAAUCGGCUUGAAUCUACCUGCGGGCAGACGUAAGGCGGCCAACGUCACCUUGUUGACGUCACUAGUGGAAGGCGAAGCGGUGCAUCUUGCCAGGGAUUUUGGUUAUGUAUGCGAGACCGAGUUUCCAGCCAAGGCAGUAGCUGAAUAUGUAAACCGUCAGCAUUCCGACCCAAACGAACAAGUCCAAAGAAAAAACAUGUUAUUGGCCACGAAGCAAGUUUGCAAAGAAUUCACGGACCUGCUGUCCCAGGACCGCUCACCGUUGGGGAACUCGCGGCCGCAGCCCAUCCUAGAACCCGGAAUCCAGAGCUGUUUGACCCACUUCAGUUUAAUCUCGCACGGUUUCGGGACCCCGGCGCUGUGCGCGGCCAUCACGGCCCUGCAGAACUAUCUGACCGAGGCUAUCAAAGCCAUGGACAAAAUGUACCUCAACAACAACCCCAACAGUCACUCAGAUAACGGCACUAAAGGCGGAGACAAAGACGAGAAGCACAGAAAGUGAUUUUUUUUUUUUUUUUUUUUUGCUCCAUCCACCUCUCCGGCCCGCACCCAUCCAAUAUAAAUAUUAUAAAUACCUUAUAAAUACUAUUAAUAAAGAUAAACGUGCCACUUCCUUCCUGUGCAUUUUUUUCGCCCCACUUUGGAUUCAUGGACGCAAGAAUCAUUUUCAUCCAACACGUGAACUGAAUGAAAAACAAAGAAAAGAAAAAAGAGGAAAAAAAACCUGAAGAGGAAGAGCUUCAGGGCGAAGAGAAGGUGUAGAGGACUUUUUAUGUACUCCCCUUCUUUCUUUUUUCUUUCUUCUUUAUGAGCUGCAACGAAUGGACUGAAAUCCAGCCAGCCCUCAAUAAUCUCAAUUUUUAACGAUUGUGACAAAAAAAGAAGCUAAAAACAGGAUGAAUUCUUCUAUCAGUAUUGUGAAUAAUAAACUUGAAAACACUCGAAAUUCCUCCAUGUCACGACUUCAGUUGUAGACUCUCCCAGCAACCAACUUGAAUAUAUUUUUUUUAUUUUCAAUUUUUCGUUGUUUUUGUUUUUGUUUUUUUGAAUUUCAACACGAUUCACGGUUAUAUAAGGGAAUCAGUGUUCAUGUAUGUAUAUAUUUAUUUAUGUGUAAUUUAAUGGGAAUUGUAAAUAUGGUGCGUCUGUUUAAACUUCUUUUUUUAUUUAUCUUUGGUGCCUCCUGUUUUAGUGGGUUUGAUUAUUCGGUUCUAGUUCUUCAUGUGAUUUUAUGAUUCUUAGAAAACAGAAGUUUUGGGGUAUUUUUAAUUUCUCUGGGAUAUUUCAACUCAGCCCUCUUGUAGCAUGUUGAGGUGACACUGAAGCAAGUGAACAAAUUUAAUAGAAAUAAACUUCCAUUUCUCUCUCUCUCUCACACACACACACACACACACACACUCUCUACCUAUCUAUAUCUAUAUCUAUAUAUAUAUCAUCCUUAUCAAUUUUUUUUAAAAUGACACCCUGAGCAGUUUUUUGUGUUCUCCUUUUCGUUUUGAUACAAGCUUUUAUGUGUUGUGCCAACCAGACUUCACCUCUUGUUCUCUCCUUGAAGCGCCAUAAAAGCAAUAAAUGGAAUAUUGUCUUUUUAAUAAAAAAAUAAAAAAAUUAAAAUGUUCAAAGACAUUCAAAAGGAAAAAAGAAAAAAAAAAUUUGGGGGACCACCUGAUAUCUUGUUAUGUCCGAUAAUGUCCAAAAUUGGAGGCGGGUUUUAGCUGUAUUGUAUAGACAUGUGCUGGCAAUAGUUCCCAUGCCUGUCAAUGUAUUAUAGUCCUUUGUUGCCCAGAAAAAAAUAAAUAUUUGAUACGCUU